CGCUCGUCUCGCUGCAUCCAUUUCCCUCCACUCCUCGCGUCGACCGCCUCGGAAAAAACGGAAAUUACAAACGAGUCCACGGAUCGAAAUCCCCGAAUCCACACCACCGCGAUGGGGAUCUCGAGCAUGCCGGCGCCGAGGGACAGCCUGAUGGCGUACCUGCUCUACAACACGGUGGUCUCCAUCGCCGCGCUCGCGGGCCUGGUGCGGGCCGCGCUGGUUUUCCUCGACCUCCAGGCCGCAGCGCCGCCGUCGCUGCGGUCGGGGGAGGGCGCGGACGGCGGGGACCGGCUUGCGGCGCCGGGGCCGGGGCCGGGGCUGGCGGAGAGGUUCAGGAGCGGCUUCACCCCGGCGCGGUUCGUGCAGACGACGCGCGACGCGGCGGCGGACUGCCGCGUGUGCCUGGCGCGGUUCGAGCCGGAGGCCGUGGUGAACCGGCUCCCCUGCGGCCACCUCUUCCACCGCGGCUGCCUCGAGACCUGGCUCCUCUACGACCGCGCCACCUGCCCGCUCUGCCGCGCCCGCCUCCUCCCUGCCGCCGAUGAGCCCCCGCCGGCGCUCCGCCUCGUGGAAUUCGAGUGAUUCGAUUCGGUCCGCCCGUCGCGCCCCCGGCUGUGUGCUGCCAGCUCCGUGUGGCCUUCCGUGUGAGCGUAGCAAUUAGAUGCUAGCUAGAGUCUCUCUCUCUGUCCCCACUUUUCGUUCGCUUCGUGCCGUCGGCCGUCGCUGUGCCGUGUACAUUGUCGCAGUACCAGAGUGCUCCUAUGGGUGUAGCACUCGACGAGCUCGUGUACAUGUUUUCCGAACAAAGAAAAUAUCAACAAAAAAAUAUCGGAACCAUGAAUUGUCCUUGA